GAAGGGAUGGAGCGCGCCCAAGACCGGUGUUGCUAAGACGUGAUUUGGUCACAAGAGUGGGGUCAGGUGUGCAGAUGGUGCCGCGCUGGAUGUGUAGAUAUAUGUAUGAAUAUGGCUGCGGCUCCACGUCGGUCCCACCGCCAACGUUCUGAACUUCCCCAUCCGCACUGGUCGUCUCCGUCGCCCCCCUACUCCACCCGUCCAACGGCAAUAGCACCAUCGCACCUGCUUCCACACUACGCUCACUCGACCGCCGGCCCCGAAGUGCAUUCGCACGGGACGCACGCACCAGUGCGGUUCGCGACCCAGGGUGACAGGCCCUCACAUCACCGCGCAUCUGCAAUGCCGACGUCGAAUGAGUCGGUCUCCAGUAGAAGACCCAGUCUGCACUUCCGCGCAGACGAUGAGUCCGAGAUGGAGGCCCUGCGGGGGACGCUGGCGGGUACCAGUAUCGCAUCCUCCCAGUCCCUUCCGCCCUGGAACACGCCGAUGCGGCAACGGCGUGUCGAAGAUUGGAUGCAAGAUAAGCAUGGGAGAAGAGACACCCAUGAGGGACGAGAUCCGCGCUGGUCUGGAGCACACAGGGAGCAUCACGGAGCGAGAUUAGAUCCCACCCGCGGCCGCCAGCCGGCAAGCAAUGAUUCCUUUGCUGUGCCAGCACCGGCACGAUCCCAUGUGAAUGAUAGCCACCACCGCUAUCAGCAGAAUCCCCAGCAGCAGCAGCCACAUCGCCCGCGCGAGCAUCACCAGCUGAUGGUAUCGCAAGCACCGCCCGUUGUGCUACAUUCUCACAGUCACGGCCGGCACGAACACCAGCCUCAGACGCAUGCGCGCACGGACGAGGAGCAUCGCGGGCGCUCGCGCUCUCGUGCGCGCUCUCACAGUCGACUGCGUGCUCGGUCGCCUGCGCACUCCGUCCGCGCACAUGGUCGUGCGCACUCUCAUGGGCGCUCCCUGUCCAAGCCGCGCGAGCAUCGGGAUCGACAUCGUGAUCGUGGUGCAGAGCAGCUCCGAGUGACUGCAUCGUCUUCUAAUACGGUAUAUCACACUGCUGGACAACCGCAUGGGAACCACGCGCAUCAUCCACCCAAUCUUGUGUCGAGUCAUUCCAGAUCCCUCGGCCAUUCCAUGUCCACGGGCGGGAGACGCAAGCAUCAUUGAUGUUUCUUGAAUUCAACUGUAUUGUAUCUGUUCGCUAUCUGCUGUAUUUCAAUGUAACAUCUAUCAUCUGGAUGCUGACGCUCCGCUUGAAGUCGGAGACUCGGAGAGGUGUAGUCGCGUCCGACGAGAACUCGAUUCGUGAUGUGUGUAUGACCGAAAGACACGCCCCGAGCGUGAAAGACAAGAUGUUUCUCUGGAACAGACGCGCGUUUCUCUGUGACGC